CGUCCUUCUAGCAGCUAUUCAGCUGCAAAAAAGAGACAACCCUCCAAGUCUGCCACGAAGAAAGCGAUCAAGGAGGCAGCCCAUCACAAGCCCAAUCCCCACUCCAACCCCCCAAAUCACGAACCAAGUCAAAUUUCUGGAACCUUCAGCAAGAUCAGUGAGAACAUGAGAAAACACAUCCCAACACAUCCCUCCUCACUUCAUGGCUGUGCCUUUUAGUUACUGUCCAUAUUCCACCUCCGCACUCUACA